CGGGUCGGCAGUCCCUGAUAUUGCAGGUCGCCAAGAAGGCUUCGGUGUUGAAAAGGAGGAAGUCCCGGAACCGGAUGGACCCUGCCGCGGCGGCUUCCAGAACGGAAGCUAAUACCCCCGGUACUGAGACGCCGAGCGGAGACGCGCCGGGAGUGGGAGCAGCUGGAACCACCCAGCCUAACCGGGCGCUGUCCGAUACGGAUGUCGUUUUCUAUAUGGAGGAACCCAAAGCAGGUACUCCGAAUAGAUUUCGCCGAGGAGAACGGGAGAGUGCUAGAGGCGCCAUCUUCACAAGUCAGACCAGCACUGUCACUGAGGCUGCCAGUGACGAUAUUGAUGACUUGGACGCUGAGCUGCCCAGGGUGACACAGCUAACAGAGGCGCAUAAAAACGCUAUUCGAGCCAUCAGGAAGAUUAAAUAUUUUGUGGCCCGCAGGAAGUUUCAGCAGGCUAGGAAACCGUACGACGUGAGAGACGUUAUUGAGCAAUAUAGCCAGGGGCACUUGAAUAUGAUGGUGCGGAUUAAGGAAUUGCAACGAAGACUUGACCAGACCCUGGGGAAACCAGGUAGCUACCUAGCCGGUAUCGACAGGGUUGGAAACGUCAAACCCAUGACCGUGGGGGCCAGAUUAUACAGGGUGGAGCAACAAUUGGGAUCAAUGGACAAGAAGCUUGAUGCUAUCAACCAAGUGAUAUCAUCUUUAGCACAAAAUCACCAAAUAGCAAUACGUUCAACGGAAGAAAGUACUUAGGAGAUGGAGUUAAUUCCCUUCUUGUUGUGAAAACAUUCUACAAGAACAUUCGGGUACUCUUUUGCUAAGGAAGCAGUAAAGUAAAUUAAGAUAUCUUAAGCACAAUCAUAUUUAAGCAUUAGCCGAUAUUUAUGAUAUCGUAGAGAUAUCGGUUUUAAGCGGUAUUUGAAUCCACUAGAAGAUAAAAUCAACGAUAAAUGCUG